AUGCUCGUGCAAGAACGUGCUCGGCGAUCGACCGCCGGCAAUCGCAUGCGCGAUCUGCUUGAGCAGGAAUUUGAGGCGGAAGAGAUGUUUGUCGAGGCGGAGAAUGAUGUGGAAUUUGAAGAGCGUGAAGAAGAGCCCGACUAUGUCGACUCGGACUUUGAUGGGAACAGUACCGAGGAAGACAGUGCUGAAGAUGUGGAAGCGGAAGAAGUGAUUGCACGAGAGGAAAAACAGGCACGGAGAAAGGCGACACGUCCCGCUGUGCGAUCUCUCACCUCGGCGUUGGCAGCUCCCGCGUCGGCCAAACCUGCUAUGACGCCCAAGCCACGGCCCCCACGUACUGCUCCUAGUAAGCUCCCUCCGGGAGGCGUUCGUAGUAGUACACGACGCUCGACGGUGGAAAACAAACGUGCCAUUGAGCACCGCCAAAAGGAGGCCGAGGCACGGCGUGCGACGUUCAAAGCGCGACCUGUUAAGCGAAUCAAGACACUAACACAGGAUGCAUUGAUUCGAGAGGCUUUGGAGAUUGAGGAGGAAAAUACACAGAGUCUUUUGCACUACUUGGAACAAGAGGAAGAGCGCAAGACCAAGCAGCGUCAGGCCGGCAAAAAGGAAAUCCAAGGCCCUUUCCUCCGGUGGAUCAGUGUGGGUCUGAACCAAAACGUGUUUGCUGCGCGGCCUGAUGUCCCUGAUACCAAGCCGGCGGUCGCAGCUGAGACGUCUGCUGCUGAUUCACAGACGUCUACAACCACUGCUGAUGUCCAAACGUCCACUACGGCUACACAGACGACUGCUUCUGAUGCACAAACACCAGCCGCUGAUGUGCCAACAUCCGCGCCUGAUGCACAGGUAUCCGACAAUCAUACGCAAUCAUCCGCCGCCGAUGCGACUACGUCAGCUGUGGACACACAGACGCCAGCCCCUGAUGCGACUACGUCAGCCACAAAUACACAGGCGCCCGCUACUGACACGCAGACAUGGGCUGCCCAUGGGCAGGCGUCUGCCGUACCCAAGGCAGAAGCUUCUCCAUCAACCACAUGCAACAAUGAACCACCCACAGCACCAAGCGACACUAAUUCCGCUACCACGCAGCAUGCUCCAUCGACGUCCGUGACGGAGGCACAUCCAAGUGGCUCUACAGGAUCGAUAUCGACUAUCACUGAGACGCCUGGCCUGACCCCCUCAACUGUGGCACCCACUACCAACGACAUGGCGCCGGCACAUACCCAGCCCAGCCCAGCGACGCCGACGCAGUCUAUCAAGACAGCAACGCCAUCGAAGCUGGCCGAGGUGAUGUCGUAUGAUACCCAGUCCAUGACCGAUACGUCAUCGGAAGAAAAAACCGCUCGGACCAUUCUCUCACUAGAACAAUUGCCCCCGGACUCUACCUGGGUCGACGAGUUCAGGUACCUGCUGGGCGACCAGUGUGCAUGGAAUCAUAUGCCCAUUGUACCAUCGCGCAAUCGACCAUUCCGCCCUCGGCAAAGUACGUGUGUGAUCACAGGCCUACCUGCGCGAUACCGUGAUCCGCACACGGGCAUUCCCUACGCGACCAUAGACGCCUACGCGACGUUGCGGCGCGUGCUGGAGGGCGCGUAUAUGUAUACGGGCUCGCCUCGUACGAGUGCAGCGCUGAGUGCUGGGUGCUUUGGCUUAGCGCGGGGCGAUGAGGGGGCUGGUGGCGUGUUUCGUAGGCAUGACACAUAG